CACAAGUAAGUAACAGGACACUCUGUUUUCGUUCAUCAACAUACUCCUUAAACCCUAAACAAAAGCAAGCCAAACAACUCGUUCAGGCCAAGGAUCAUCUUCGGAUCACACAUGAACUGGGCACGCGGUGAGAGAAUCGGGCAUGGGAGCUUCGGCCAGGUGAAUUUAGCUGUGUCGACGAGCCAUGAAUUUGCUUCUUUGAUGGCGGUGAAAUCAUGCAGCCUUUUGCACUCUGCUACACUUGUGAACGAGAAGUUGAUUUUGGAGGAGUUGAGUGAAUGCCCGGAAAUUAUUCAUUGUUUUGGCGACAAUGUGAGUCAAGAAAAUGGUGUUAAAUUGUACAAUGUAUUGUUGGAGUACGCUUCUGGUGGUUCUUUAGCCAACAAGAUCAAGAAUUCUGUAUUUUCGGAAUGUGAAGUUCAGAGAUAUUCGAGAGAUAUAUUGAAAGGGCUUUAUUAUGUUCACAAGAAUGGCUAUGUUCAUUGUGAUAUGAAGCUUCAGAAUGUUCUUUUAGUUGAGGUUGGUGGAAAUUAUGUGGCCAAAAUUGCGGAUUUUGGAUUGGCGAAAAGAGGUGGAAAUUUGGAGGCUAAGUGUGAGUUGCGAGGUACGCUUAUGUACAUGUCACCUGAAAUGGUGGCUGGAGGUGAACAAGAAUCCGCGGCGGAUAUUUGGGCACUCGGGUGUUUGGUAUUGGAGAUGAUCACAGGAACUCUGGCGUGGAAAUGCCGGAGAAAGUCGGAUUUUGGGGGACUAAUGAUGAGAAUUGGGGUGGGUGAUGAGGUUCCUGAGAUUCCUAAGAAGUUAUCAAAGCAAGGGAAAGAUUUCUUGGGUAAAUGUUUUCUGAAAAAUCCGAGAGAGAGAUGGACGGCUGAGAUGCUUUUAAAUCAUCCGUUCAUUGCUGGUUACAAUGAGGCGAUGGAUGUUUCUUGUGCUUCUCCAACAAGUGCUCUAAAUUUUCCACAUUGCACCUCUUCACAAACAUCCUUGUCGCCGCAAAAAUUUGUACCGGAAUUCAUUUCACGGGAUGAAUUUGACUGGAAUUUGCGUUCAAGUUCUGCCAUUUUGCCGGAGAAUAGGAUAUAUCAGUUGGCGAGUGAUCAUCAGCGGUUUGAUUGGUCUGAUUCAGAGAGUUGGGUCCCUGUUAGAGGAGCAUACGAGUCAAACUGUUCGUGACCAUUUCCCGGUUUCAUCUUAGCUACUCGCUCGUCGCAGUUCUUGAUUUUUGUAGUAUCAAAUGUAAAUACAGUAAAUUUUGAUUGUGUCCUGACUUCAUUGAUGAGGUUUGUAAUUGUUGAGCCAGUUAAUCAGGAUUAACAUAAUUCAA